GCCUAACUCCACCCACCACUCCUCCUCACAAAGCCAACCAGGAUAAUCCUUUCAGGGCUUCUCCAAAGCUGAAGUCCUCUUGCAAGACUGUGGUGCCACCGCCAUCAAAAAAGCCCCGGUACAGUGAGUCUUCUGGUACCCAAAGCAAUCACUCCACCAAGAAAGGGCCCGAGCAAUCUGAGUUGUAUGCACAACUCAGCAAGUCCUCCAUGCUCGGCAGUGGACACGAGGAAAGGAAGGCUAAGAGGCCCAGUCUACGGCUGUUUGGUGACCAUGACUAUUGUCAGUCACUUAAUUCCAAAACGGAAAUAGUCAUCAAUAUAUCAAAGGAGCUCCAAGACUCUAGACAACUAAAUUACAAAGAUGCCUCCUCUGACUGGCAGGGGCACAUUUGUUCUUCCACGGAUUCAGACCAGUGCUACCUGAGAGAGACUUUGGAGGCCAGCAAGCAGGUCUCUCCUAGCAGCACCAGAAAACAGCUCCAAGACCAGGAAAUCCGAGCAGAGCUGAACAAGCACUUCGGUCAUCCCAGUCAAGCUGUUUUUGACGACGAAGCAGGCAAGACCAGUGAACUGAGGGACAGUGAUUUCAGUAAUGAACAAUUCUCCAAACUACCUAUGUUUAUAAAUUCAGGACUAGCCAUGGAUGGCCUGUUUGAUGACAGCGAAGAUGAAAGUGAUAAACUGAGCUACCCUUGGGAUGGCACGCAAUCCUAUUCAUUGUUCGAUGUGUCGCCUUCUUGCUCUUCUUUUCACUCUCCGUGUAGAGAUUCAGUCUCACCACCCAAAUCCUUAUUUUCUCAAAGACCCCAAAGGAUGCGCUCUCGUUCAAGGUCCUUUUCUCGACACAGGUCGUGUUCCCGAUCUCCAUAUUCCAGGUCAAGAUCAAGGUCCCCGGGAAGUAGAUCCUCCUCAAGGUCCUGCUACUACUAUGAGUCAAGCCACUACAGACACCGCACACACCGAAAUUCUCCCUUGUAUGUAAGAUCACGUUCAAGAUCACCCUAUAGCCGUAGGCCCAGGUAUGACAGCUAUGAGGCAUAUCAGCACGAAAGGCUGAAGAAGGAAGAAUACCACAAAGAGUAUGAGAAGCGGGAAUCUGAAAGGGCCAAACAGAGGGAGAGGCAGAGGCAGAAGGCAAUUGAAGAACGGCGUGUGAUUUAUGUUGGUAAAAUCAGACCUGACACAACACGGACAGAACUGAGGGACCGCUUUGAAGUUUUUGGUGAAAUUGAGGAGUGCACAGUAAAUCUUCGGGAUGAUGGAGACAGCUAUGGUUUCAUCACCUACCGUUACACCUGUGACGCCUUUGCUGCUCUGGAGAAUGGAUAUGCUCUGCGCAGGUCCAACGAAACUGACUUCGAGCUGUACUUUUGUGGACGCAAGCAAUUUUUCAAGUCUAACUAUGCAGACCUAGAUUCAAACUCAGAUGACUUUGACCCUGCUUCCACUAAGAGCAAGUAUGACUCUCUGGAUUUUGAUAGUUUACUGAAAGAAGCUCAGAGAAGCUUGCGCAGGUAACAUGUUCCCUGGCUGAGGAUGACAGAGAGAUGGUGAAUACCUCACAGGACAGCGUCCUUCCCUAAUGGACUAUUGCAAGUUAUACUUAAGAAUUUCUCCUACUUUACACUCUCUGUACAAAAACAAAACAAAACAACAACAAUACAACAAGAAGAAGAAGAACAACAAUGGUUUACAUGAACACAGCUGCUGAAGAGGCAAGAGACAGAAAAAUAUCCAGUAAGCACAUGUGUAUUCAUGGGUAUCAGCUUCGCUUUCCCUGGAGUCUCUUGGUGACAGAGUGAGUGACUGAGUGUGAGUGUUUGUGUGUGUGUGUACAUGGUUUGGGGAAGUAUGUUUGUGUACACGUGAGGAUUGGGGGCACCUAACCAGAAUGUGCAAGGGCAAACCACUUGAAAUGGCAGCCGUUCCAUGAAGACACGCUUAAAACUAGAACUUUAAAAUGUUCAUAUUCUAUACAAAAGGAAAAAAUAUAUAU